AGCUGGUAAGUUGUAACUAUAACCAAGCUUUUGUCUAAUUAGAUGAGUAAAAACGUAGAACAAGAGAAACAAAAAAAAUUGGAAUUGUGAAAGAAGAAGAAGAAGGGAAUGGAGGUGAAAGAUGAAGACGAUCCAUGGUUAGGCGCAGACAAAUUGUAUCACAUGAUAAUGUGUUUCUCAAUCACUCUUCUUUUUUACUUUCUCUCUUCUCUCAAUUCAAAUCCCUUCCUCCUCCGCCGCCACGCCAUUUCCAUCGCAUCUCUCAUUUCUCUCCUUGCCGGCGCCGCCAAAGAAGCUGCCGAUCACCUUGGCUUUUUCCGAUCUUCCGGUGCUUCCUUUAGAGACGCUAUUGCUGAUAUAAUCGGUGUCUUCAUUGCUUCCUUCGCUCUUUAUAUCUUCCGAUCCAAAACCUCUCGCUCUCCCUCUCAUCCCCAAGGAAUCUCCCUUGUUUGAUUUCAUUUCAUUUCAAUUCAAUUCAAUUCAGGGUUGAGAUGAGCACCGGAGAUGUGGCCGGUGGAGAGGAUGAUGAUCAUAACGGCAAGACCAGUCGAGGUAGCACAUCCGAUCAGAGUUUCCGCCCCGUUUGUCUUUUGGUUUACAAUAGCAGUGGCUGUCCCAGCAAACAUCAGAAUAAAUGUCCCUAUAAACUCAGCUCCUAUCUGUAACACAGGAGGAGGAGGUGGCAUUAAUGAACAAGUGACGGUGGGUAGAGCUCCAUCUUCUAAGGUCCAUUCUUGGACACCGAAACAUUUACAAUUCUUAAGGAGGGACUUCUUGUACUUAUUACUACCAUUCCCACUUCUCUCUGACUUAAACCCACCAAACAGAGGUGCACCAGGAGUGCCUGGUGUUGCUGGUGCUGAUGGAAUUUCCUCAUUAUUAAUAUGCUCCAUUUCUCCAAUCAAUAGUAAAUUUAAUUUAGACAAGAAAAGGUCAGAAUUCAGACUAUGGAAGUGAGCUCAAGG